AGGCGUAUCUGUAUCUGUUACAUCCCUGGUUCUUGCUCUUUCACAGAUAGAUAAAGUUUCAGCAAAAUCCACCAAUCUCACAAAAUCCAACUCAAUUAGCCAAUCAAAUCCCUCCACCUAAGCUCCCCUUCAACUCCUUUAUCCUCUCUCUUCAUUACCAAUCCUUUCUUCCAAAUAUCCUAAAAAAACAUCCUUUCACUCUCCACACUCCAAUCAACUCCUCCUUCCUCUCUUUUUUUCUUGAAAAUAAUACCAUAAAAAGAGAGAGGAGAAAACACCAUGUCUCUCACAAUUCCUGCAAACCUUUCAAAACCCAUUUCAACAUCAUCUAAGUUUAGUUCUCAGUUUACCACAAAACCAAGAACUUCAACAAUAGUCUGCUCUUCAAACCAAACUCCUGCUUCUACUAAAACAGAUGAAACAUCUUCCUCAUUAAAGGCAUUCUCAGCAGCACUUGCCUUGUCUUCAAUUCUGUUGUCAGCACCAGUGCUUCCAGCUUCUGCUGACAUCUCUGGACUCACACCUUGCAAGGAGUCAAAGCAGUUUGCUAAGAGGGAGAAGCAACAGAUCAAGAAGCUUGAGAAUUCUUUGAAGCUAUAUGCACCUGAUAGUGCUCCUGCACUUGCUAUUAAUGCUACUAUUGAGAAAACUAAGCGCAGAUUUGACAACUACGCGAAACAGGGACUAUUGUGUGGAUCGGAUGGACUGCCACACCUGAUAGUGAGUGGAGACCAGAGGCAUUGGGGUGAGUUCAUCACUCCUGGGAUCCUCUUCUUGUACAUUGCUGGAUGGAUUGGGUGGGUAGGAAGGAGCUACUUGAUUGCAAUAAGAGAUGAGAAGAAGCCAACAAUGAAGGAGAUCAUCAUUGAUGUUCCAUUGGCUAACAGGCUCGUCUGGAGAGGCUUCAUCUGGCCUGUUGCUGCUUACAGAGAGUUAGUGAAUGGAGAACUCAUUGACUCUAAUGUCUAAUUGCUCUUUCACUUGUUUAUAUUAUGAAACCAUGAGAAUUUCCUAAAUACUAUGUGUAGAUCUUGUGGUGGAUUCUUAUUAAUUAGCUCUAUAUGUAGCGUUUUGGUGAUUCAUUGGGAAA